UCGAACCCCCGACCGCCAAGAAGCGAAGGGAAGGAGAAGAUGCAAGGCGCUGGUAUUUCCUCGUUUGAUCCGGCCGGGAGCGCCGAAGCGAUGGAGUGAGGUUAGGGUUUUGUGUUGCGCGAGAGCUGGGAUCGCCGAAUAUGGAGAAGCAGCCGGAUUCUCCCGUCGCGCCUUCGUCUCCGCCGCCGGGCGAGGCGUUGCCAGAUUCACAGGGCGAAAAAUCGAAGAGCCUCGUGGCGCCGCAAGCGCAAUCGAUCCAGGCUGUGCAAUCGCCGCAGCAGCAGCAAGCAUGCAAGAGCGAGGAUUAUCGGAAGCUCUUCCAUCUUCCCGUUGAAGAGAUUCUAGUCCAGGAUUUUAACUGCGCCUUCCAGAAGAAGAUACUCUUGCAGGGACACAUGUACCUCUUUGAGCAAUACAUAUGUUUCUACUCUAACAUUUUUGGCUACGAGAAGAAGAAAGUUUUGCCAUUGAAAGACGUAGCGUUCGUGCGUAAGUCAUGGACGGCUGGACUUUUUCCAAAUGCUAUUGAAAUUGGCGCCUGGGGGAAGAAGUAUUUCUUUGCAUCGUUUCUCUCACGCGACGAAGCGUACAGAUUAAUUGUAAGAGGAUGGUCACGUCACAGUGGUCAUGCAAGAACAUCAGAGUUGCUAGAGCAAAUGAUUCCUUCGCAGGCUUCACUGAGCCCGACAAUCUGUAAAAACAGCGAAAUUCUCGAAAUUCAAGAGGUGGGCUGCACGGAGGAAGGCGAUGAAAAACAAGUUCUCCCAAAGUUGGAAGAGAGCACAGUUUCCAGCGCAGUAACGACUGAACCCGGUGUCAAUGAAUCGGUUAUUUGGAAAAUUGAAGACACCCCGCCUCCACCUUUGCCUUUGGAGUUCAAGACAAUUAUGGAAUCAGAAUUUCCAGUUGACGUGCAAGACUUCUUUGAACUUUUCUUCUCUGAUAAUGCCACCAAUUUUGCUGACGUUUUUCGUAAGAGAUGUGGCGAUGAAGAUUUUAGGUCCACCCUGUGGUCCUCGCAUCCACGCUUUGGCCAUGUCCGUGACAUCUCUUUUCGCCACCCGGUGAACUUGUACUUUGGUCCUAAGUCAGCUGUAUGUAGUGAAACACAACGUUUUCGAGUGUACCGUGACAGCCAUUUGGUCAUUGAGACGUCGCAACAAAUGUCGGAGAUUCCAUACGCUGAUUAUUUUCACGUAGAGGUGCGAUGGGAUGUUGAAAGAGUUCCUAAACCAGUCUCAUUUCAUUCAUAUGUUCGCGUUUCUAUGAACGUUGACUUCUCCAAAAAGACCUUAUGGAGAGGCAAGAUCGAGCAAGCAACACUUGACGAAUGCAAAGAGACGUAUUCACUUUGGGUGCAAGAGGCACACAACGUUCUCAAUUCUAGAGCUGACCCGGGACGCGUGGAAGCUUCACUGGAAAAUUCCCCCACAGAAGGGAGCAAGCCAUCCGAAGACUUGAGCUUGAUCGCUGACAGCAGAGAAAGCGAGCACGUACGAACGCGGAAGAAAAUCGCGGCACUGCUCGGCGGCAUUCGCAACUUCGUGCUGCGGUUCCUAUCGGAGAAUCCUGUAGCCUGUGGGAUCCUCCUCAUCGCUAUCGUCAUCGUGCUAGCGCAGGCCUUUACGCUCCUCACAGUGUCAAGCGAGCAUCACCAUCAAUCUCCCGAGACGAUUUACACCCCGGAAAGCAUGAAACGAUGUUAUGGGGGAUCGAGUGAUGCUCUAGCGUGGCUAGAACAACGCGCUCGCACCGUGAAAGACGAGGUAGCAUUGGCGGAAGCCCGUCUACAAAGCUUGCAACAGGACCUCUCGCUGCUAAAGCUCCACAUGAAUUUAUUCGAGAGAUUGAGAACACAACAUCAGAAGAUUUGAUCGAGCUAAUGGCGAAUAUUUUGGGUAUAUACAUAGUUUUAAAGAGUAAAGGCAAUGUGAAGCGUUGCGCCCGGUGCCAGACCUA